AUGAUCGUCGUCUGCGUCCAGUCCUGGAAUAAGCGCAGAGACGCGGAGAGGAUGGGCGCAAGACUCGUACCUGUCUGGAACGGCAGGUGGCCUGGGAACGUAGACCAUAUAGUGAAUCUCAUUAAGCUGGUGAAUUCCGGUUAUCCCGGUGAAUACUUUUUGAGGGCAUGGCCCGAAGUCGGAAAAGUGUUCAAUACUCGGGUGCUUUGGGAGGACAUCAUCCUGACGGUCGAACCUGAUCAUGUCAAGGUUAUCUUGGCCACGGAUUUUAACAGCUUCGUUAAAGGAGACAAACAGAAGUACAAGAUGGAAUCCCUCCUAGGAACCGGUGUCUUCAAUUCCGAUGGUAGGCGCAUCCUGUUCCACCGGUCCAUGACGCGACCCUUCUUUUCUCGAGAUCGCAUUGCUCACUUUGAUAUUUUCGACCGCCACGGCGAGGAAGCGAUAGAGAAGAUUAAGCAACGACAAGCGGAAGGCUACCCAGUGGAUUUCCAGGACUUGAUUUCUCGGUUCACCCUGGACUCGGCCACCGAUUUUUUGUUCGGAAGUAAUGUUAAUUCCCUCUCGGAUGUGCUUCCGUAUCCGUAUGGCGUAGAUGCUGCCGCCACUGUCACCGACUCUCCCGUCGCCUCUCCGCCUGGAUCCGCUGAAGCGAAAAGGUUCGCGGGAGCUUUUGCCGAAGCGCAGGAUGUCAUCGCGAGGCGGUUCAAUAUGGGAGAGAUAUGGCCGUUGUCCGAAAUAGGAAAAGACAAGACCAAGGAGCCCAUGAAGGUAGUGAGUGGAUACAUCGACAGGAUCCUGGAAGAGGCCUUGGCCAAGACGAAAGCUGCGCUGCCGUUAGAUACGGUGGAUGCGAAGGUGGAUGACGAGGCCGAAGACGGGGAAACUCUGUUGGAACAUCUGAUUAAGUUUACUUCGGAUCGCAAGAUACUCAAAGAUGAGACGCUCAAUAUCUUGCUUGCUGGGAGAGACACGACCGCCGCCACUCUGACGUUCGUGAUCUACUUUCUUGCCAUGUACCCGAACGUCAUGGCGCGCCUCCGCUCCGAAGUCCUGGACAAGGUGGGGCCUACCAGAAAACCGACUUACGACGACAUCAGGGAGAUGAAAUACCUGAGGGCUGUAAUCAACGAAACCUUACGGCUGUACCCCGCUGUCCCUUUCAACGUGCGGCAAAGCGUGCGUGCCACCACAUUGCCUUCUCCGAACCCUGGGCAGAAGCCGUUCUACGUCCCAGCCAACACUAGUGUUACCUACUCGGUAUUCCUCAUGCACAGACGAAAGGAUCUGUGGGGUCCCGACGCGGACGACUUCGAUCCCGACAGGUUCAUCGACGACAGGCUGAGGAAAUACCUCACCCCCAACCCGUUCAUAUUCGUCCCCUUCAAUGCCGGGCCCAGGAUAUGCCUGGGGCAGCAGUUUGCCUAUAAUGAGAUGUCGUUCAUGCUCAUCCGCCUUCUCCAAAACUUCUCGAGCAUCGAGUUGGAGCCGUCUGCUCACGCUCCCGGGACCUUGCCGCCGAAAGAAUGGGCCAAGGCGGAAGGCCGACAAGCCAUCGAAAGGUUCUGUCCUAAGAGUCAUCUGACCAUGUACUCUCGUGGAGGGCUCUGGGUACGUAUGACGGAGGUAAACAAAGAGGAUAUCAUAGUGUGAGAAGUUGGACGACCGUAGUCAAACGUGCCCGUGUGCAGGGCACACUCUCGAUAUUAUCGAACGACGUCUCGGGCUGCGCAUUUUAUCUGUGUUCUCCCAAGUUGUAUGUAUGUUGACCAUCACUAACCCGAUGGAAUAUUCUCC